UCGCGCCGUUGAAUGAUUGCUUUUUGUCGACAGACUUCCAUGGAAAGAACAUGUCAAGACUGGAGCCACCGGCAUAAGUAUGACCUCUUACCUUGGGACGUGGAGCAUCAACAUCAUCUGAGGGGUUUCAACCAGUUUUCCACAACCUUAUCGCAUGAAUCAGCGGGCCAAAAUGGGUGGUUCCAUCGUGUCGGCGUUUACCGAGUGGGGAUCCUUUAUCGGGCGGGGACAUCGUCUCUUCAAUCGGCAACACUUCACAAUCCCAUCGAUCGGAUUCAAUAGCCAUCAGUACUGAUCGCAGAAUUCACUAUGACUGUACCGUCGGAUCCAGAAAGCUCGACACAAAAGGCUAGGGAAAUUCUCCUUUCAGCCCAGCAGCGUUACGAAGACCGGAACCCAGUGUCGAAACAGUUGCAUGAAGAGGCGACCGAGUAUCUCCCUGGUGGAAACACACGCUCGGUUCUGCAUACCAGCCCGUUUCCAAUUUGCAUGAAGUCGGGCUACAAAAAUCGUCUGGUAGACCACGAUGGACACGAAUAUCUGGACUUUCUGAGCGAGAUGACCGCUGGCUUGUAUGGGCACUCUCACCCGAAGAUCCGUGAAGCUGUCAUAUCGACCACGAACGAAGUUGGUUUGAACCUCGGGGCCUCAACAGGGGCCGAGGUGCGUCUGGCCAAGACGAUCUGUGAUCGCAUUGCGUCGGUUGAGCAAGUACGCUUCUGCAACUCGGGAACGGAGGCAAACCUAUACGCGCUCAGUGUCGCCCGCCAGGUAACGGGCCGAUCCAAGGUCAUUGUGUUCGAGGGUGGAUACCAUGGCGGCGUGUUGUACUUUGGCCAUGGCAUUGCGGCAAACAACGUUGACAAGGAAGACUGGAUUUUAGGCCAGUUCAACGACGUCGAAGGAGCAAAACAACUGAUUGCACAGCACAAAGAAGAUGCCGCGGCUGUACUGGUCGAGCCGAUGCAGGGGUCUGGGGGUUGCAUACCCGGCACGGCCGAGUUCUUGCACUCCGUGCAAGACGCCGCGAAGGAGAACGGCCUCCUGUUUAUCCUUGACGAGGUUAUAACCUUCCGACUUGCCCCUGGUGGCCUGCAAUCGCGUAUCUUGCAUCCCGUUCACAACACCCCCCUCAGCCCUGACCUAACAACUUUGGGCAAAUCGAUCGCAGGGGGAAUGACCAUCGGCGCAUUCGGAGGACGACGAGAAUUGCUUUCUGUUUAUGAUCCACGAAAGGCUCAAAUCAGUCACUCGGGAACAUUCAAUAACAACUCGCUAGCCAUGAACGUUGGACACGUCGCUCUCUCGUCCAUAUACACUCCCGACGCCUGCGUGGCGCUCAACUCGCUUGGCGACGAGCUCCGACACGGCUUACAGGAACUGGCCCGUGGUACGAAGAUGGUGGUCACUGGCCUUGGUGCCGUUCUCAACAUUCAUUUCCUUCCACAGCCGGAUCCCGAGUCUCCUUCGAGCCUGAAAGAUGUCCACGAAUUGGAUGUGAGUCCCGAUAGUACCGAGUUCAUUUUGAAGGAUCUUCUGUGGUUCCAUUUACUCGAGCAUGGAAUCUGGAUUGCUCGACGUGGAAUGGUUAGUUUGAAUUUGGAAACGACGAGGGAAGACGUUCAAACUUUUCUUCAGGUUGUAGGCGGUUUCUUGAAGGAAUUUGAGGGUAUUGUGCGACUGUGAUCCAGCUGCCGCGGACACAGACUGAAAAGGCUUGUACAUAUUAUCAUUUAGUCAUUCGAGUGUGAUGUGAAAGUUGGUCGAGAUCAAAUGAGAUGAAGUGGGAAGGAAACCAGAAACACCUUAUCUGUCAGGUGAUUCAUCCUGGCCAACAAAAUGUUCUGCCUGAAUGUCUUAUCAUCUACUCUUUCUGCAUUGUGGGAGCUGCCACCAAAUUUAUGUAGGCAAUGAACCGAC